UGGACACAGGUCGCUAUUUAAGCACUAAAGAGUGACGCGCAGUGAAAGUGAAACUAAGCAAUAAGCUGAGUGUGUAUUAACGACAGGGGUGUUUAGUGCGGCUGAAAAACGCGGGAGCAUCUAACGGCGAUUGCGACGCUCCAAUACUGCAGCCGUAAUGGAGACGGACUGCUGGGAGAGCGGCAGGACGGUGGUUGCGUCCGGCGUACCGGACGUAUUACCCCCCGACAGGAUAGCCGACAAGCUGACGAUUCACUUUCAAAGUCCCCGGAGGAGCUGCGGAGGAGACGUGGAAGAGGUGAAAUAUCCCACCCGCCUGGAAGGAGUGGCGUUUGUCACUUUUGUAAAAGCAGAAGAUGCAGAGAGGGUGGUGAGGAAGGAGCAGCACAUUAUGACGGACAGCCAGUUUCUCGAAGACUACAUUCUCACCGUGUUUCCCUUCAGCAGAGACGUGUUUUUUUACGUCACAGGCGCUACAGUCGACCUCUCCAUGUUCGGCAGCAAUCAGGAGUCGCUGAUGGAGAAGCUGCGGUCAGCUCACAGAUCUCUACGAUUUCGUCCUUCGCUCCAAGAGAGGAAAGCCUCUAUUGAGGGGCCUUUUGCAGCUGUCCAGGCCCUGAGAAAGGACCUCAUCUGCAGAGCCAGCCGGCUUCAAUCUGCAGUCACAGCCCGACCCACUGCUAUUAACCUAAGAGAAAGUCCUCUUAAUCCGGUGGUAAUAUCUCAUCGCAAGUAUGUCAGCCCUGUAAGCCACAGCAGCUCUAAGUGGGAACCUGCAAGCAGCUUAUCAACAUCGCUGCAGAGCACAGGUGAGGCAAGGGAAAUCCAAAGCCUGCUCUCAAAAUCAAAACCUCAAAACGCCUCCUUGAGGCAAAAAGUUUCCUCUGAGAGUUUGGCUGGAGGGAGGGUUUCGGGCGCAGGCAUCGAUAAAAAGGAGGACAAACUGAGAGUCCGGUCCAGGCUUGAAAUGUCCUCAGAAUAUAGAACAGAGCAAAGACAGGCCAACCACAGAGAAGUGGCCGAUGAGGAAAUCAAAGCAAGGAUUACAUCUUCCUUAUUGGGCCUUCCUCAAGAAGAGGCAAUAUCAACAAAAGAGUCUUCAGAAAAACAUCCCAGACCAGGCAAGAUUUCAGCAAUAAAGACUGGAAAGGAGAGUGAUUUGGGCUCUCAGCACAGCAGCACAGGCUAUUUGAAGGAUCGGAGCAGCUCAGCAAUCAGAAGUAAGCUCCUCCAGACUGGACUUGAAGAUAUCUCACAAACCUCGGAGAGAUAUACUGAAGGUACAGCAGUGGCGUGUGCAAUCUGUCCAGAAGCUCAGGAUGUUAUCUGGGUUGACUCUUACACGUUCAGGUACAUCGAAAAAUUUCACAAAAAGGAGUUGGACAGAUGCCUGGGGGGCACUGACAUGUCCGUCAUGCGUUUUGAAGAAAGCGACCUCAUGCAAAUAUCGUUGACUGAGCGGCAAAACUCCAAGGCGCCCUCGGGAAUCCAGAAAGCCGCCCAGCAACUUGAAGCUUUGAUGGAGUCUUGGCAAUCAACCUUAAGAGUUUACGAGAUAUUUUACGAUGAGGCGGAGCUACUUGAUAAAGACCUAAUGAAUCGCAUCUGUCAUGAUGCGAAUUUCCUGUUUGAUGAUGUUCUUUACUUAUUCGAGGGCUCCUGCAUUAAAGUCAUCGGCCCCUCAGUCUCCAGUAUACUCUUCUACAAGAGAGUGAAAGACAGGAUGAGUAAAGCCAAAGUCGAGUUGUAAAUUCUAGAAGUAAUAAAUCGAUGUACUUUAAUCACUGACCACAGGGUGGAGCAGUUGUCCCUUCACAAACCCGCUCACACACUGAAUUCUGCAUUUUUUGUUAUUGUUACAAACACAGCCGUUCUUGUUUGAUACUGACACUGUGAGUUUUCAUUUGAGCAGCUAAUAAUUAGAACCAUAGAAAUAAAUAAUACAGUACUGAUUACAUAUCUGCCUGAGACUAGAUAUCAUCUUCCUUCUGCUUUCUCUGUUUGUUUCUGUGGUGAAGCCUCCCUUUUUUUUUAUGUAUGGGUUAAUAUUUAGGCCUGUAAACAGCAAUCCAGACUCUCUUCUCACAGCAGCAGUGAUAAGUCUUAGUUAACCCCUCAUAUCUUAAUUAAAGACUAAACAUAGACAUUUAAUUAAACACAAAUGAUGCCAGAUGCCAGCCC